UCCAACUCCGAGAGUCGUCAGCAUCAUUUGUGGUCUCAACGCCUUAGAGAACAGUCGGUUAAUAUGAACAAAUGCGUAAAUUCUCAUAUCUGUCUACACACAGAUCAGGACAGAUAUUUAAAUUAGUGAAUGAGUGAUUUACUUUCAUGCCAUUUCAUUAGAUACCUAUAUCAACAUCCAGCAUAGUGAAACACUAUUAGGUUUUGAAAAUGGCACUUGUCUGUGACUUAAAAAGUGAACCGAGUAACGUCGUAUCUAAACCUGAAAAUUCGGAGGAUUUAGAAGACGGAGAAAUAGAAGAUGGGGAAAUUGAGGAUGAUGAUGAAGUAAUGGAGGAACAACCUCCUAUUGAAAAUGCAGCUCCUCAAAAUUUACCAGCUAAAUGCGAUGAAAACAAACCAGAAAAAGUCGAUAGAGAUAGACCUAGAGACAGAUCCAGGGAGAGGCGAGAUAAAAGGCACAAAGAUAAAGAAACUAGGCACAUGACCGAAGCAGAAAAAAGCAUUUUGCAUUUACGAAGGAAAGAGAGAAUGGAAAGAGAAAGGGAGAAAUGGAAUAGGAGAAAAGAGCAUCAAAAUGUUGAGCCUCAAGAUGAUUUUGCCAUUAAAUUGGAAAAAACUUUGGCAAGUAUUUUGAAGAAAGAUAGGGGUACAAGCGAUGAGGAUAAAGAUGAAGAUCGUAGGGGAAGCAAAAGAAAAAGGAAAGAAAAGGAAGGAGAUUAUAGUGGGAAACAUCAUAAGCCCAACUCUCCCUUAUUAGAAGAGAUGGACGAGAAAGAAAUGCUGAAUAUUCGAGGAGGUAGUCCUGAGGCCCCAAAACUGGAUAAGGAUGAAAGGCAAAAAAGCCCUCGAUCUGAGGUAUCUUAUGAUUCUGAAUAUGCCUCAGAUCAUGGAAAACAUGAUGACAAAGGAAAUAGAGGUAGAAGAGAGAGCAGAAGAGAUGGCAAAAAGAAUAAGAGCAAAAACAAAACCAGAGAUAGGAACUUCAAGAAGGAGAAGAAUCGUGAAACCAAAGCUGAGUCAAACACAGAUUCUAAAGGGAUCUGUAUAUUUUAUCUCAAUGGCAAGUGCAAUAAGAAUGACUGUAUUUAUUCUCACGAAGCUGUUCCACCUAUGAAGCUUGAAUUAUGCAAGUUCUACCUCAUGGAUUGUUGUGCGAAAGGAGACAACUGCUCCUACAUGCAUUCAGAUUUCCCUUGUAAAUUUUAUCACAUGGGACUUCCAUGCAACAUGGGAGAUAAGUGUAAGUUCUCACAUGGAGAACCUCUCAGUGAUGGACUGAAACAAAUACUUUUUAAACAUAUUGAGACCGCGCCCAGGGACAUUUUGGGAGGUUUUCCUAGGCUAAGUCGGGAAGAGACGCUACUCAUGAUGGACAAUACGCAAAAAAAUUUGAUGAACGUUUACAUGGAGUCCAAACAAGACGAACAGGAAAACAACAACAGUGAAACAGUCGAAGAUAAUUCCAUACCCUCACUUUUUGACAUAAACGUACCCGUCCCAGCUGUAUUGAAUGAAGAACCUAGUGAUUCAAAAGCCAAAAAUGUGGAGAAAUCUAGUAGAAACAAGCCUUCUAGGUGGCAAGCUGCAGAACCCAAAGAAAGAGCCCCAAAUUUGUCCAUGAAUUUGGGUCCCUUCAACUUCAGUCAAGAUCAAGACAUGCGUAUAAACAGCAAUGGGGAUAUAGACAUGAGGACUCUUCCCCCACAUCCUUUGAGCAGUCUACCUCAACCUUUACCUUGUUCUUUGGCCUCUUCAGAUCUUUCUAAAGCUAAUACAAAUUCUUUGAGAAGUUCUUCUGGAGAUAUAGAUAUAAGAAAUUUGGCGCCCAACUUUGCCUCAGAUGUAGAUAUUAGACUGCAAGCAACUUUUGAUGGCCCUGGAAAUAGUAAAAUUGAACACAACAAAUCUUCACCCUAUUUGGGUAGUAAAGAUGUUGACAUAAGACAGUUAGGACCUCCACCAUCUAUGAUAAAAAAAGAGGAUAGUAACAUGCCAGAUGAGAGUAAAACAAUUGAUUCAGAUUCACACAUACUGUCAAACUUGACCAAGAUGCAUAGACAGCUUUAUCUAAGGAUACAAUCCCAGCAACGGGAAAAUACCCCUCUUAUGAAUAGUGAAUAUGAUGACAUCAAGGAUGAUGACCAAAACAAUGACGAAGAUUGGUAUUCUGAUGAUGAUGAUGAGCAUAGGUUAACCAUCAAGGUUGACAAUGAAGAAGGAGAGGCAGCUGAACAAAAAGAAGAAAAGACUGAGGCAGUAUUAGACAUUCCGAGUGUGCCAACAAUAAACUCAUUUGCGGUAAAACCUCAAGAGGUGGUGGAGAAGAUUGGAGAUCUCUCUAAAAUCAAUAUAACUGCCGACAUAACCAAGCUGUUGAGUUCCCUGAGCUCUCUGCCGUCUACACAGUCUACCAAGACUCCAGAAACAGCUGUCUCAAGGGAUCCCAGGCAGACCAGAAGCCAGACAACUAUUAACUCCCCCUCUCGUAGCCCUACUUCGAGCAUGACUGAUUCUGCAGUUCCUCUGACCCCUAGAACGCUCUUCGACCCUAGAACAGCUCAGGACCCUAAACUGAAUCAAGCCACAGAGGCGCCAAGGGACCCCAGACGAGGCUUCUUAGCUCCAACUGGUUUAAAAUCCGAAAAGAUGAGUAUCUAUGAACAAGGGGGGUUAAAUAUGGAAGAUGAGGAUGCUACAGAGACUUAUAAAGCUUCUUCUAGACCAGACGUGGAUCUUAGAACUUUGGGACUCCCUUUCAAAGGUAUGGAUAGCUAUACACCCGCAACAGAGAUAGAUGCGAGCUUCAGAGCCCAUAUUCCCAUAACGUGGAAGGUGAUUGAAGUAGAUGUUCCUAGACCAGACUACUCAGGUUUGAAACUAUCGUUAGAUGAUGCUGAAAAAACUGGAGAUCCAAGAUUGAGAAAGAUAUUCAGACUAAAUACAGAAGAAAGAGACACACCAAUGAGUCCUAAGGAAAGUCCACAACGCCCAACCAAUAUUCGUAUAGAUCCUCGACUUCGUAAAGCAGAAGAGGUUAAAACUCUGAACCAAACCUCUGACUCCAUGUCAAUGAAUUACACACAGCAAUUGAGCACCCUUCAGAGCUCAGCCUUCUACCAGAGUUUAACUAGCAAUCAGAAGGUCAUGCUAAAUCAGGAACUAGCGUCAAGAUCAGAUCAGACUGGUUCUCAUGAUCCCAUACUUAAUAGCAUUUUAGCCAGUUUGAACUUGCUGCCAGGUAUUGGUGGAGCAACCAGUGGCAUGACACAAGGACAUGGUACUAACUUUGGAGUAGCAGCUAACAUCCUACAAAACAUAAGCAAAAUGAACGCAAUGUCUCAGAUGAAUCCGAAUAUAAUGAAUCAUAAUAAUAACCCUAUUAUGAAUUCAAUGAGCCAGGGAGUUUUACAACCUGGUCUUUUAGGGGCUGCUCCCGGCAUUCCUAACAUGCCCCAACAAGAGUUUCCUAUAAAUUUCGACCCAAGAAAUCACAAUGGACUUCUUGGUAAUGGACCCCCACAGCAGUUUUCCAACUUCGAGCCUCCUCCUGGACAAGGUAGCUUCCAAAACUACCCGAAUGAUGAUUAUUACCCCCCGGACAACAAUCAAAGUAACUUCCGCGGCGGCAACCAUGGAAGGAAUGAAAGGGGAGGAAACUUCAUAAAUAGGGAGAGACGGAGAGGAAGAGGCAAUUUUGGGAGGAAUCCAGGCAAUAGAAACCAAUUUAGGAGGAAUCAAGUUGGGGGCCGAUCGAAUAAGGGUCAUAAUCAAUCGUGAAUUUUUUCAGUGAUUCUAGAUACUAUGAGUUUAUCCCAAGAAAGAACAAAUACUGUGAAGUUCAAAAUAUAGGUUACAGUGUACAUAUAGACAAUUUUUUCUACUGGUUGUAAAUAAGUCAGAAUCUAGCGGAAAAGUUGUUGGAAAUUUUUGGACACUUGAUUCUUUUGUUAAAAUGAGGAAUUUAUUUUUGUAUUUUGAACUGGAUUUUAGGAAUAGUGAAAGAAAAAUGAUAUUGUGCCAAUGAUUUUUAUGAUUAAGUAAUUUCUAAUAUUGAUGAAUACAAUUUAUUUAUUGUAAUUAUCAACUGCUGUAUUUAUAUUUGUUACUGUAUAUUAAAAAAUAGUCUUCCAAUCAAA